AUGAGGUGGGAAGGCGUGGACGAUGAGCUCGCGAGGAUGGUGUCGGAGGCGAAGCCGAACGACGCGCGCGACCGCCGGAGGAUCCGAGAAGCCUUCAAGGGCGUCCAGCUCGGGAUCGACCAUUGCCUCCUCAAGGCACAGUAUGAUGGAUUAAAGACAGAAGAGUUAUAUGAGGUGAACUCUAGAGGAGUAGAAAUUUUCUCCAAAAGCUGGCUUCCUGAAAAUUCUUCUAUCAAGGCUCUUGUUUGUUUCUGUCACGGCUAUGGAGACACCUGUACCUUUUUCUUAGAAGGUGUUGCCAGGAAGCUAGCAUCAUGUGGCUUUGGAGUUUUUGCUAUGGACUACCCUGGAUUUGGUCUUUCAGAAGGACUUCAUGGCUAUAUACCAAGCUUCGAUAGUCUUGUAAAUGAUGUCGUGGAGCAUUUUUCGAAAAUCAAAGAGAAGCCUGAGUACCAUGGCCUUCCGAGCUUUCUGUUUGGUGAAUCAAUGGGCGGAGCUGUGGUUCUUAAGGUGCAUUUCAAACAACCAGAUUCUUGGAAUGGUGCAAUUUUAGUAGCACCAAUGUGCAAGAUAGCAGAUAAUGUUAUUCCUCCAUGGCCUGUGAAGCAAUUCCUCAUCGGUAUAGCUAAACUUUUACCAGAAAAGAAAUUAGUUCCUCAAAAGGAUUUAGGAGAAAUGGCUUUUAGAGAUCCAAAGAAAUUACAGCAGACCAAAUAUAAUGCCAUUGCUUAUAAGGGAAAUCCACGCCUGAGAACAGCAGUGGAAAUGCUGAGAACAACCCAGGAGAUAGAGCAGCGAUUGCAUGAGGUAUCUCUACCAUUACUAAUCCUUCACGGCGAGGCUGACAUCGUGACCGAUCCUUCAGUUAGCAAGGCUCUGUAUGAGCAAGCUCGCAGCACUGACAAGAAACUGCAUCUUUACAAGGAUUCAUAUCAUGCGCUUCUAGAGGGCGAGCCUGACGAGAUUAUUUAUCAGGUUCUUGGCGAUAUCAUCUCUUGGCUGAACAAUCACGUUGAAAAAAUUUAACACCAAAAUAAUUCAUACUAGAGUAUAAACAACGUUGGGAGCCGAGAGUAAUUCAUAUCGAAAACUGCCCAUUCUUAUAUGAUUCUCCAGCAUUUAUUAAUGUUAAUUCUGAAUUAUUCGAUGUGUUACAGUGAC